AUGUACAUUUGUUCACCGCCAAGGAAUCAACUGCCGUCUAGCAGUGCAGCAUAUAUGAUCACACAGGAGGUAGUCCAGGCAUUCGAAGAUUCUGAGAGGGUUCAUUUCAAGCCUCUGUGGUUGGCCAGUAAAAAUUAUGAGGAACAAAUUCUUCUAGAGUUGUUCUGUUUCGGUGACUACAAGGAUAAGACCGAAGAGAUGCAGCUCCCCUUGUGGACUAACCGCAUGGAACAGAAGUUGCAAAUUCUAACAUUGCUAGGAUUGUGUGAACGCCAACGAGAGCUAGGCUAUGACGACUUGAUGAAUAAUUGCGGCAUAGAGCAUGAUGGAGACCUCGAACAACGUCUAAUUGAUCUUCACAAGCUGGUGCAGUUGGAGAUUGACUCAGUAAGUCGUCGUAUUACAGUGAAACAAUGUCUGGAUUCGAGAGACGUAUAUAACAACGAACGCCCGCUGCAACUGUUGCAUCAAGCUAAACGAUCUAAGCAGGAAGUACUAAAGCAGCUGAAGCGUUGGAAAUAUAAACUCCAGCGCGACCUAAUAUGUGAAUAA